CCUCCCUCUCCGCUUUCCCUCUCGCUGCGCAGUUUCUGCUUUUCACAGCAUUUUGCAUGAAAGUGGCAAUCUGUGAGGAUUACCCAGCUUGAGGGCUGAAAAAAAAGGAUACUGUAGCUUGGGUGCUAAUUUUGACUCAAGGCAGAACUGAAGACAUGGGCUCCGUUUCUAACCAAGCAUUCCCAGGAGUGUGUAAGACUGAGGAGGAUGAAGGACCGAGUACCGAGGAGGAUACACAGUCUUUCCACGGAGUCGGAGUGUGUAAAUGGUUCAACGUCCGCAUGGGCUUCGGGUUCCUGUCCAUGACCAACCGGGAGGGAGUGCCACUGGAGGAACCGCUUGACGUGUUUGUGCAUCAGAGCAAGCUGCACAUGGAAGGCUUCCGCAGCUUGAAGGAAGGCGAGGCAGUCGAGUUUACCUUCAAAAAGUCAUCAAAGGGCCUGGAGUCGCAGCGUGUUACAGGACCAGGUGGCAUCCACUGUGUGGGCAGUGAAAGGAGACCAAAAGGCAAGAAGGUCCAGAAGCGACGUUCAAAGGGAGAUAGGUAA